AUGGAACGACAGGACAAGCCAUCAUUCUGGAGCCGCAUUUCGAACGCGAACCAUGUUCAGCCCUCCAAUAAGUCGAGUGAAUCUCAGGCUACCGCAGUGAGUGGCGGCAAUAACGGCCAGUUGCGAAAGGGACGAUUCUCAUCACUCUUCUUGGGAAAAGAUAGAGGGGGGAGUGACAAGAGUCGCAAUCAUUCAAAUGAAUCCGUUAUCGAAGAGAAGAGAUCUGUCACAGGCAAGUUUGGCUCUUUGAAACUCUCCGAAGCCGACCGAGACCCUUGGAUUGAGGCGUACGAAAAGUUGCGAAACGACGAGAAAGAAGGAAAACUCGUCAAUGCGUACGAAAAGAUACUCACUAACCGUGCUACUGCAACCAUAUCGGGCACUCGAUAUGUCGAUGAUGUUCAGGCCGAUGCUCCCAACCAAUUCGAAGGCCUUGCUGAGGCCGACAGGGUCGAUAUGAUGAAGGCUACUCUAAGUCCGGUUUUGGAAAAGGCCAAGCAAGAGAAGACUUGGAAAAAUGUCGCCUUGUACGCCGAUACACUAAUUGCAAAUGUUGGUAAAGGGGUUGGAGACGCCCUGCAAGCCCAUCCACCAGCCGCCAUGGCCUGGUCAGGCAUCUGCCUCUUGCUCCCGAUCAUUGUUAAACCAAUUAAAGAAGAAGAAAAAAUGACUGAGGGGCUAGAAUAUGUAAUGAACCGCAUGGACUGGUAUAUCCCACUGACCAAAGUGGUCUUGCAGCGGGAGUGGCCAGACAACGUCGCACUUCAACAACACCGAAGCAGCCUCAGAGACAAUGUCGUCACCCUGUUCACAUCUCUCCUAAAAUUCGAGAUGGAAUGCGCCUGCCGGGCUUACAGCACACAUCCAGUCGUCCGCGUCCUUGGAGACAUUGUUAGCCUGAGCGGCUGGGAAGGUAAGCUAGAGGAUAUCAAAAAGUACGGGGAAGCAAUUGAAAAGGAUCUCCAGAGUUAUGGAAUAAACACAUUGGCGGAGUAUUCCUUGCAAACAGCGUCAAACACCAGGGAUAUCCUGGCUGAAGUCAAGAAAUUUAACGAAGCUGCCACUAGAGCUGAAAAAACGAGGGCUGCCGAGAGGAGAGAGGAUCUGGUAGGGCUCAUUUCGCGAUUUGGAGCCACCACGUACCGCGAUCAAAUGGAAUUCAACCCUCAAAGGCACCCAGGUACUUGUGAGUGGUUUUGUAGACACCCAAAGUAUAACUCGUGGCUGAAUUCCACCAAAAACGAAUUGCUUCUCGUCACGGCUGAACCAGGCUGCGGUAAGUCGGUAUUAGCCCGAUUCUUGGUCGAAACAGAGUUGCCGUCUCAGCGAGAAGAUGCCGUUAUUGGAUAUUUCUUCUUCAAAGAUAAUCCGGUGCAAAACAAUUUGAUAAACGCACUGAGCGCCAUUCUUCAUCAGCUCCUCAAUCUCUGCCCAGAUGUUCUCGAUACUCUAGGGACAAAUAUCAAGAAGUUGUCGCCUGAGUUGCUCAAAGACUGUGGCCAUUUAUGGGGGCUUAUCGAGGACGCUUGCGAGAACCUCUCAGAGAGAACUGUAUUUUGCGUUUUCGACGCAUUUGAUGAGUGUAAUAGCGACGGCCGUGAAAGACUGGUGCGUUUGCUCGCCUCUCAUCAGUUUAGCAAGAGGCGUAUACGAUUCUUAAUUACAAGCCGGGGCUAUCCAGCAAUUAUAGAAGGGGAAGAGAAGAGUGAGAAAGAUCAGUUGCAGAAUGAGAUUGACAUUGUUUUCCGCCACCGCGUUGAGAGUCUGAUUGAAGACAGAAGGCUAGGCCAAAAGGUAUCUAAGCUGCUGUAUGAACGACUUCACACGAAGGGAAAGGGGCAGCGGACAUAUCUUUGGGUUCGUCUCGUCUUCAAAUUCCUAGACAACAAUUAUCCACUGAAUCUGGAUGGGUGGAGAGACCUUUUGGAUCAGCUCCCCGAGGAUGUUCCUGGAGCUUACGAAAAACUGUUAUCCAAUGUCAGCAGUACCAAUCGCAGGCAUGUCGAGACACUCUUGCGUCUCAUCUAUGUCGCUAAGGAGCCUCUGAGUAUGAGUGCAGCAAACGUAGCUGUCAAUAUUCGCGGCAAAUACUUGCUAGACUCUUUGGAAGAUCUUGGUUUAUCAGAUGAAACAGCUUUUAAGGAAUGGGUCAUUAACACAUGCGGAUUUUUCAUUACCGAAUAUGAUGGCAAACUAUUCUUUAUACACCAAACGGCGAAAGAGUUCCUUUCGCCGACGAAAUCGUCAAGCACUGAACUUUUACCAAAGAACGCUGUUAAAUGGAGAGGGUCAAUAAACACCGAAGAAGAGGCUCAUUUUGUAAUGAGUGAAUGCUGCUUAGCCAACCUAUCGAUAUACAGGCAACGCCCAGAAACAACGGAACUUGAAGCGCUCAUUGAAGAUGCAUGGGAGCAUGAUCAAACAGUAUAUGACGAUGGUAUAAGGGAAUUCAGACGCCGAUUGAGCAUUUCCGACGAUUUCUUUGAAUACAGCUCAACAUAUUGGGCGAACCAUUUCCGAGCAGCAAAACUUCACCUCGUAGAGAUGUCCGCAGAUUGUGUGGAGAUUGGGGGUACUCAUCAAAUCGCAAAGCAAUCAUUAUUUCAAGCAUACCGAUUAAUAAUGACAUAUCCUACACGUUCCGCAUGGUUGUUGUCAUCUGAUAUGAUGGCAGAAAUUAAAUUCCUUAUGAAGCGACACCGUUCCGGACGUCUCCUAACGAAAGAAGGCUCUCUUUACAUUGAGGGAUCUAGCAAGAGUUCGAAUGACUUGGAUGUCUGGCCUUCAACAAGCCUCUUCUCUGUCCGAUGUUCACCAAUCGUUUUCGCCUGCCUUCUAGGCUUCCCUCUGUUCAUACAAGAAUGGCUUUCAGACAACGCCCAGAAAAAUGCAGCACAAGUUCUUGAACAAAAAUGCCGCGCGUACAGCAGUGAGGCUGAGACACAACUUGCCUUGGCGAACGCAAUUGUCUCAAAUUUUGGAACUAACCGAGAGAGAGAAUGCUGUAUCUCUGAAAUUUUAAGCUACGAGGCGAAAUUCGCACUCGAUAACUUCUCCAGGCUUGAGCGCCUUCUUAGGUUUGGGGAUGAGAUACUCGACGCGUUAUCUGGAUAUGUCGACGAAGUUGGAAUGAGAAUACUUGCUCGUGGCCAGUUGAAGAAGUUUAAGGCAAUGACAAGGCCUGAAGACAAGGUUGACGAGGAGUCUGUCAAGAGAAAGCCUAGAAGAGCGGAGACUACCUGA